GGAGAAGAGGGGAGGAGUAGAGAAGAGAAGAAUGUUGGAGGAUAUAAGGACCCUCAGUCAGCUCCCACCUUACUCAUUUUCCUCCUCACACACACCCCGGAGAGUCGAGCCAUCACACACACACAUCUGUAACCAUGAGGCUGAGCAUAAUGGGAGUUCUGCUGUGUGCUACGCUGGCCGCCUGUGUCAACGUCAUGCCUCAGAAAGACUUCAACCUGGAGAAGAUGGCUGGUAAGUGGUGGGCCGUGGGCUUUGCCACCAACGCCAAGUGGUUUAUGAACCGUAAGGCUGGUAUGAAGAUGGGAACUUCCAUAAUGCUGCCCACUGCCGAAGGUGACCUGGACAUCAGCUGCGCCAACCAGAACGCUGAUGGCUCUUGCUGGAGGAUGACCCAUCUGGCCAAGAAGACUGACACACCAGGCCGCUUCACCUUCACCAGCCAGCGUUGGAACAAUGAAAAUGACAUGCGUGUGGUAGCUGUCCAGUAUGAUGACUUUGCUCUGAUCCACACCAUCAAGACCAAACACGGAGUAACUGACGUGCUCAACAAACUCUUCAGUCGCACUCCAGAGGUGAGCGCAGAUGUCCAGAAGAAGUUCAUGCAGUUCUCUCUGGAUACAGGAAUCCUCUCUGGGAACAUUGUUUUCCUGCCCAACAACGGUGAAUGUGCCGAGGCAUAAAUGUUCACUCAUCCCAUUCUCCCUCUGCUACUCUUCUAUUGGCAUCUGUCUCCAUUUCACAUCCAAACUCUUUUCCUGGAAGAAGACUGAAGACUGCAAACCCCAGCCACCCCCUCUCCCGGCAGAACAAACCCCAGCCACCCCCUCCCCGGCAGAACAAACCCCAGCCACCCCCUCCCCGG